AUUUAUAAUAUAUUAUUAUCACAUAUAAUAAUAUUAAUUCAUAUUCAUAUUGGUGUAUCGCGUAUAAUAAAUACAUCGUUGUUACUAUUUUACUGUGUGUCAAUAGUGAUUCGGAACGAUAAUAACCGACGUGUAUCCGCAGCGGCACGGUGCCCGCCGGUCAAGUCGUGUUGGUAUACCUCACAGUGUUAUACCUGUAACCUGCUUUCUGCAUCGUAGUAGUGUCGUACUCGGUAGUAGUAGUUCUAAUAAACUGUAACUGAGGCCGCUGACUAUAUAUCAGUUUAUUAGCCGAGUAGACGGCGUACCUGCUACACGGCCGCGACUACGAACUACUGCUGCUGCUGCUGUUGCCGUCGAGUGUCGAGACCGUUAUCCGGGGACACCUAUUAUAUUAUAAUAGCUAGCAGAGCUAUACGUCCUGCAUCGACGGUCGUCGUCAACAGUCGUGCGCUCACACACCGCAACGUUAUUACUACUAUUAGAUACACCGUGACUUGGACAUAAUGUUCAGCAGUAAAUGCAAGAGCAAGGCCAGACUGGACGGCAAGACGGCCAUUGUCACCGGUUCGAACACGGGCAUCGGCAAAGUAACUGCAGGAGAAUUUUAUAGACUAGGUGCAAAGGUCAUAUUGGCGUGCCGGGACGUUAAAAAAGCGGAACAGGCCGUGACGGAAAUUGUAGCUGAAGUACAGGGCGACGGUCUCGGGCAACUGAUCAUAGAGGAAUUGGAUUUGGCAUCAUUCGCUUCAAUUAAACGCUGUACGAAAAGUAUUUUACAAAAAGAAAAACAAAUUCACCUGCUAGUGAACAAUGCCGGCGUCAUGACGUGCCCUAAGGGUAAAACCGAAGAUGGUUUCGAACUUCAGUUUGGCAUUAAUCAUUUGGGACACUUACUAUUCACAUUGCUUCUGUUACCAAGAAUCCGAAGUUCAGCACCAGCUCGCAUUGUAAUCGUGUCGUCUCUGGCACAUGUAUUCGGUUCAAUUAACUUCAAGGACAUCAACCACGACUCAAAUUAUUCACCCGCUACUGCUUACAGCCAAAGUAAACUGGCUAACGUGUUGUUUUCGAAAGAACUGUCGCGAAAACUUGAAGGGACCGGAGUUCAUGUGUACAGCUUGCAUCCCGGUAUUGUACGCACCGAAUUGACCAGAACACUCGACCAAGUAUACUUUCCGGGUAUGUGGUUCUUGGGUCGUAUCUUCCUCUAUCCGUGGGUCAAGAAUCCGAAGCAAGGAGCUCAGACCACUUUAUACUGUUCGAUAGACGAAAAAUCUGGAGCAGAGACCGGACUAUAUUACAGCGAUUGUAAGGUAAAAGAACCGUCAGCGUCAGCCAGAGACCCGGAGUUAGCUAAGAAACUUUGGGAAACUAGUAUAGAAUUGGUCGGCUUAAAGGAUUAUGACAUGUUCAACUGCAGUGGAGACACGCUCCCCGAACCUUUAAAAGACGUUUGAACGGAAAAUUCUGCUCGUUUUUUAUUAAUAAUAUAAAUGGUUUUGUUUUAUUAUUUUUUUUUUUUUUAAACAUAAUUUUUAAUCUUUUUUUAUUUUUAUAAUAAAGGAACUUUUUUCUAUAUCGAA